CACGUACGCAUGCAAACCCCUCCGUGUAAAGGUUUUCAAGAGAGAGAAAAACAAUGGCUUCUCAGCAAAUGCCUCGCACAGAAAACAGCAACCGUGAGAAAGGUGGUGGUGAGGAACAAGGAGGAAGAAAAGAAGAAAAUAAACAAUCUACCCUAGAAAACAUUUCCAAGCCCAGAGCUGAAGCUCAACAAAAAGGAAUGAGUGCAAUUGAAGGUGCUAAGGAGAGAUACGAAAGAGAAAAACAAGCUGCAAGUGAAGCUUCCAAAGAGAGAAACUUGAAGGCAAAUGAGGAGUCAACACAGGCAAAAGACAAAAUGGCUGAAGAAAGAACAAGAGAGGUAGUGGGAAGAGAGUGGAACAAAGAGGAUAAACAAAGAAACAGUCCAAGAGGAAAAGUAGAGGCAGAGAAAGCAAGACCAUUGGAAAAAACAAAAGAGGAAGCUAAAGAAACCAAAGAGGGAGGAGGGGAGGAACAUGGAAGAGGAAGAGAAGAAACAGGAGAAGAAAAUAAACAACCUAGCCUGGAAGAGAUCUCCAAGUACAGAGCUGAAGCUCAACAAAAAGCAAUGAAUGCAAUUGAAGGUGCUAAGGAGAGAUAUGAGAGAGAAAAACUAGCUGCAAACGAAGCUUCCAAAGAGAGAAACUUGAAGGAAAAUGUGGAGAAACCACAGGCAAAAGACAAAAAGGCUGAAACCAAAGAGGGUGGUGCUGAGGAACAGAGAAGAGAAGAAAAAGAACAAUCUAGCCUGGAAGAGAUUUCCAAGUACAGAGCUGAAGCUCAACAAAAAUCAAUCAAUGCGAUUGAAGAUGCUAAGGAGAGAUAUGAGAGAGAAAAACAAGCAGCAAGUGAAGCUUCUUCCAAAGAGAGAAACAUGCAUGCAAAUGAGGAGGCAACACAACAGGCAAAAGAUGUCACAAUAGACAAGGGUCAACAAGGCAAUCCUGAAGCAGAAGAUGAGAAGGGUUAUGGUGCAACAAAGGACACCAUUGGUACUGUGCACCACACCACACCACUUGCUGAGAAGGCCAAGGCUGCAGGUGACACCGCUUCUCAGUAUCUUGGAGAUAAAGCAACUCAAGCCAAAGAUGCUACUCUUGAAACUGGCAAGAGUGCUGCCAAAGUGGUUGAAGAUUUGAAGGACAAGGCUGUGGUGACAGGAUCGAGUGUUGCACAUUAUUCUGCUGAGAUGACUGUGGAGGGAAUUAAUGUUGUUAAGGAAGCAGCUGAGUAUGCAGCUGAGAAGGUUUCUGAGCUUGCAGCCAUGUCAGUGGAUACUGCUAAAGGUUUAGUUGCUGCAGCUGGUGAGAAUGCCAAAGAGUAUGCAGAGAGGGAUUUGGAGGCCACAAGAGAAGCUCAAAAUCAGGAAUCUGAGGAGAUGCCAUUAGCAAAAGCCACCACUGAAAGCUUUCGAAGAGGACAAUGGCAACAAGAACAUGAUCAAGGAGGAAAAAGGGAACAUGGCUCCAUUGGCCAAACUGUAGCUAAAGUUCCACAAAGGACUACAAAGCCACAUGAAAGCAACACUUUUGAGGGAAACCAAGGUGAGGGGGUUGGGGACACAAUAAGCACUGGUGAAAGUGAAAGGAAAGAGAAAGCACUUGGAGACAUCAUUGGAGAAGGCUUUCAAGGAAAAGGAAGUGGAGGAGAUGUGAACACAAGCAUUGGUGAAAAACUAGGCAGUGCAGCACAGAUAAUAAAGAAGCCACUGGACAAAGCCACUGAGGGAGGAAGAGAGGUGUUAGGAGCUGUAGGUGAAACUGUGGUUGAGAUUGGAGAAAACAUGGUGAAACCAGCACAGAAAGUGCAGCAUCAGGGUGAAGGAGUUUUGAAUGCCAUAGGUGAGACCAUAGCAGAAAUAGCAGAGACAACUAGAGUGAUUGUUGCUGGAGAGGGAGAAAAAGAACCACACGAGUAUGAUAGUGGGAAACAUGAAAACUUGAAACUUGAUUAGUGAGUCUAUUGAUUAGUGAGUCUAAUCAUUACAUGGAUGUUCAUAAUAAUAUGUUGCUUGAUGAUAAAUCUAUCAUGCAGUAUUUAGCUGCAACAAGUUCCACGUGUUAUGGAAUAUAGAGUUUGUAAACAAAUAAGAAUGUCUUUGUGUGAUUUUGUAAACAAAUAAGAAUGUCUUUGUGUGAUUCUAUA